CAAUUUCUAGUGCAGAUCUGCCCCUAAUCUCCCACUGUCUGUGAUGUUCAGGAUUCUUGGUUGGGGUCGACGUCCCGGCUCGUUGGCUGGGAACAGCAGCGCUGGAACUGGGCUGUUUGCUCACUGCUUUCAAAGACAAACAGGAAAAAAACCCUGCCAGUUGCUUUCACUUUCCACAUUAUUCACCCUGCUCGGCAUCGGUGGGAGAGACACGAGAGAGAUGGGAAACCGGACACAAAUCACACUGGUUCUGUUAGCUCUUUGCUGACUGGGCACACCUGGAGCUCCCGGGAGGGAAGCCGGAGAUGAGAGAUCGGAACCAGCCCGGCGUUAUGCCUGAGCACUACCGGGGUGAGCGAGAGGGGAAUCGCGCCCUGCGCCUUCAUUCCUGACGUUCAGCGGCUCGCCUGGGGCAGGAGCCAGCCCUUCAGAGACCGUCCCGCCUUCGCUUGCAGCAGCAGGCUGCUCCACACCAUGACGAGAGUCAGUCUCGUUUGCUCACUUCACUCGAUUGCGCUGUGGACUCUCUGCUGGGUUUCUGGAGAGGAGACAGCCAUCACAGCUCAGUAUGGGAAAGACGUCACCCUGACCUGCAUCUUCCCGUCCAAAUUGAAGAUAAGCUUCCAUCGACUGAGCAUCACCUGGACAAAGGAAGGAGCCCAGGGCCAGGGUCUCCUGGUUCACAGAUUCUAUCUGAAGAUGAACUGGCUGGAGGGACAGGAAGAGGCUUACAGGGGCCGAACGCAGCUAUAUCCACAGGAAUUCCCCCAGGGAAAUGCAUCCCUGACACUCAGCGAUGUUCGCCUCCAGGAUGAAGGAUCCUACCUCUGCAACGUCACCUGUGAGCUGGGAAGCUGGUCCCAGAAGAUUUCACUUAUAGUCCUAAGUGACAGUGAAAUGGAAAGGCCCAUCAUCGUUCAGGCAGGGGAGGACGUCAUCCUGAAUUGCUCCUUCCAGUCUGAGUUAAACCACCAGCCACUGAACAUCACCUGGAAGAAGGAGGAAGAGGAGGGACCACAUCUCCUGGUUCACAGCUACUGCUCUGAGCUGGACCCGCUGGAAACACAGGAUGAGGCUUACCGGGGUCGGACCCAGCUGUAUCCGGAGAGAUUCCGUGAGGGAAACGCAUCCCUGAGACUCAAGAACAUCCGGCUGGCGGACAACGGGAUCUACACCUGUCACGUCAAGCCCCAACUGGGCAGGUUUUCCGUGCGGAUGAGAGUGGCCGUGGAGAAGGAUGCUGAGCUUCUCCAGAGCCCAUCAACAUGGUGCAGUCUGUGGUGGAUUGAUCUGGGGGUGUUACUGGGGAUAUUAGCAUUUGCUCGCCUUCGAAUGUAUUAUCCUUCCUGGCGGAAACCGUGGCUGGACAAAAAGUCACCUCGAAGUGAGUCCCAGCAGACUGUGUCCGACCAUAAAAAAGACGAAGAGGAGAACAAACCUCUGCUCCGGUCAUCCCCGUCAACCUCUAUGGAGCUAGGAGUGGCCAAUCCCACCCACAGUCUACCUGUGCAUUCCUCCCUGGGGAAGACUGCCAAAGACAUGGGAGAACCAAGGGCUGCUCCUGGAGUUCAAAUAGUACCUACAUUGAUUUCUAUAAUGCAGCAGUGGGCUUUGGAAUACACCAGGUUAAAUAUCGCCAUUAUGGGAGAGCUAAACUGUGGGAAAUCAUCCUUCAUUAAUGCCAUGCGGGGGCUAUGUGAUGAAGACGAAGGUGCUGCCCCAGUUGGGGAGGAAGAAACAAUGAUGGAGCCAACAGCUUAUCAGCAUCCCAAACACCCGAGCGUGACUUUCUGGAGGCUGCCAAUAGAUUUUCAGCCAUGUCUCCAGACAGUGAAAUUUGUCUGCUACGACUUCUUCAUCAUCAUGGGUUUAGAAGAAUUCACACCUAGGCAUGCUGAGCUGGCCCAUGAGAUCCAGAAGGCAGGGAAGAUGUGUUCCUUUGUGCGCUCCAAGGUGGAUGCAGAUUUGCAUGAUGCCAGACACAGCCGGCCCUCCAACUAUGAUGAGGAGAAAAUAUUGAAGGACAUCCGUAACCACUGCAUCAGAUGCCUGGAAAUGGGAGGGAUGAUCAAUCCUGAGGUUUUCCUCCUCUCCGCAUUUGAAUUAGAGAAGUAUGAUUUUCCCCUCCUGAGAGCGAGCAUGGAGAAAGAUCUCCCGGGCAACAAGAAAGGGGCUUUGAUACUGGCCCUGCCCAACUCCUCUCUGCAAAUCUUGCAAAAGAAAAAGGAAGCCCUGCAGAAGCAGAUCUGGAAAAUAGCCCUUGCGUCCACUCUAAUCACGGUUUUUCACAUGCCCGUUGUCUCCACCAUUCUUGACGUUACCAUUCUACUGACAUGCAUGAGAUAUUAUUGCCAGGUCUUGGGCCUGGAUGAUGUCUCCUUCACGGCUCUCGUGAGGCAGUUUGGCAAACCAGCGGAAGAGUUGAAGGCUGUUAUGAAGCCCCUGCUGACCAAGGAAAUUAGCAUUAACGUGGUCUUGCAGCUCCUGUCCUCGGUUGGGUGCGGCAUAUUGAUAGGACUUGAUUUGUUUCUGUGGCCUUUACGGGUGCUAGGAUUCAUGCUGUCUGGAGGAGUUGCAGCGGUAGGAUUCUUAGGGGCUGGUGCAAUUUCACUGGCUACCACGUAUAUCCUGCUGAAAACCUUUCUCAACGGUGCUGCUGAAGAUGCCCAAAGAAUCCUACAGAAGCUAAGUCCACAUGACAACAGGAAAAGCUAACGAAGCUAACGAGACGACUCAAACGAGGAAGGAUUUCCAGCACCGGCAUCUAAAUGUUCAGGGCACACGCUUCACGAGCACCAUGUGCUUAUUCUGCUGUUCUUGUCCCUGUUCUGGUCCUUCCUUUUUAAGCUCCCCUGGUGUAAUCCUCCAGCGCAUAACUCCACCAGCUUCCACUUGACACGGGAACUGGGCUGAGGUUGUCACACCAGACGGGCUUAGAUUGGAAGAACCAGCAUCAUAAAUCCGGGUCAACAGAUGAAUAGUGAAACGAUUGAAUGUAGGUGUGUGGGAAAGAGUCUGGCUCACAGUCUGAGUCCUUUCGUGUAUUCCCAGCCCAGGCAGCUGGCCCUGUUCUACUUCCCUUCCCACAGUUCUUUCUUUCUUAUAUUGUUUCUUUCCUGUUAUCUGGUUAUAUUACAGCAACGCUUACUAGAGACCCCAGCUGGGAUCAGGGCCCCGACAUGCCGGGCGCUGCCCAGACACAGCCGGAGACAGUCCCUGCCCCUAAGAGUUUACAAAAAGACAAAAGGUGGGAGGGGAAAUGGAGGCACAGAGCGAGACCCCAAGCAGGCCAGAAACACACCCUGCGUCUCCUGACUCCAAGGCUAGUGGGCUAACAAACCGCAUCCCUCGCUUCCUCUCUCAUCCUUUUAGCUCUGCUUCCUUGUUCACCACUCAGCAGCAGGCUCCGUGCCACCCGGGAUGGGGCGCUCCCAGGGGGCUGCACAGGUCCUGGCAUCUCAGCUCAGCGGCGCUAGCCUACAGGAAAAGAAAAUCUGGGCCUGGCAGCUCUGCCAUCUGUGUGGUCUGCUGCGGGAGCUACUGCUGCUUUCCCUGCAGCCCUAGGGACACAUUUGCACAGUGGGGGCAGAGCCAGGGGCGUGCAAAUUUCUGCAUCCUCCUGUUCUCCUCUGUCCCAAGCCUCUCGCCAGACUAGCCUGGGGACCUCGAGAAGACGGUCGCUGAUAGAAACACUGUGUGUAUCACUAUUAAUGCUGUAGGUUUCCUGGCUAGGAAAUGGGUUUGAGUCCCUCAGUCUGCAUCAUAUCUCCCUCUGCAUCCUGAGCCAGCCAGUCCCUUCCCUGGGGCUGGAUGGGAGCUGGUGCCCCCUAGAAGGGACAGCCCCAUGUCCCAUUCUCCGCCCCCCUGAGCCAGUCAGUCCCUGCCCUGGGGCCGGAUAGGAAAGGCCUCAUGUCCCAUUCCCUGCCCCCUGAGAGCCAGUCAGUCCUCUCCUCAAUAGGUCAUUUCAAGCAAUAGCACUGCAAACCGGGCGAUAGCUGAUGGUUUAUACCUUUAAAAGGUAAUUGCUUGACCGGCUCACACAGGUUAGCGCGACUCUACUGUAAUGCGUAUGUUCAAUAGCCUGUGUGUUCUCCUCUUGUCAGACUUGUUUUAUACUCCACUAAACAUGUAUAUUUUGGGAUUGAGC